UUUUCUCUCAUAGAUUCACUGAAUAGGAACCCGCGUUUGCUUUCAAGGCGGCGUCAAGUUGCGGUUUUUACAGCCUCAUAAAUUCAAAGUAGUAAAACGAUCCCAUUUUUCAUUCAAUUGUGGCCGCUGGUGCACACGUAUCUGCUGACAUGACGCCAAACACGGAGUUGUUGUUGCGUAGGGUGCCUUUUUAUUUAUUCAUCUCAUGUGUCCGCACACACAAACACAAACGCCAUUCUGAUCACCGCUCGCGUAUCAUUACAAAAGGCGCUGCGAGCGAAAUGCGAGAGAAAAAAGUAAAAAGAACGCCUCACUCGCUCAUCAGAGGAAAACAAGCCGGCAGUGUAUCGCGGUAAACAAGACGAGAAGGAAGACGGAGCGUGGGCUCACGUGGUGCUUGGUCCAUCUGAUGGUGGCCCGAGGCGACGAAAUAGUGGACGGCCUUGAUGGUGUCGCCCCCUGCAAGUGCGCCGGGUCGCGAGAUCAUCAGUGAUGAGCCGGCCGCGCCAGCCAGCAGACGAGGCGGCUCCUCUGCUGGCCGCGGUGCUGCUCUUCUACCUCGGCUGUCUGCUCAUGUUCCGGCGGCUGAGCGCCCUGCUGGGCCCCGCGCGGGGCCCCGCGCCCGACGAGGAAGAGGCCGACGUGCGCAAGAUGCGCACCGGCCAGAUCAUCCUCGACAACAAGGAGCUGAUCCGCGAGGUGUUCAGCAUCGAGAGCACCAGAGUGGGCGGCGGCGACGAAGGUCAGCGGGUGAGCUGCAAGAUCAACGAGAUCGUGGAGGCGCGCUACGAAAAGGAGCGCCGCAGGAGUCAAAGACCUGCCGCGGACGCCGAGUCUGUCAAGAGCGAUUCGGUGCCGCCCGAGGAGGAGCAGGACGAAGUCAAAAGACUGAGGGAUGAAGUCGAGGGUUCGCAGAGUAACGGGGGUGCCGUGAAAAAGACGGAGCCGAAAUCCAGCCCCGCCAGAAUCAAUCACGGCAAAAAGCGACUGGCUCCGAAGCCGCCCGCCGCCGAGCCAAUUAAAACGAACAAUCACAACGAGCAGGCUUUGCAUAAACCGCCCGAGCCGCUUCCCAAAUUGGAAGUCGCGACGGAGGUGGAGACGCAAAAGUCGCACGCCGCUGAAAAAACGAGUGUGGAAAUUUCAAAUGCAAAAGUGAAGGGAGCGAGUGAGUCAAUAUCGAUAGGCGAGUCCGAAAAAGUCGAAGCAGUCGCGGUCGCGCCGCAAAAGGGAGCAGCCGAGGCGGUCAGGAGCGAGCCGGCCGGCGAGGAUCAGACGGAGAAGCUGCUUAAGAUCAGCUCGGAGAUCAAAUUGGCGAUCGCCGAGUUCAAAGGCAAGGCGGAAGGCGCGUCCCAUAAAGAGAGCGCGGAAGCGAGCCGAGGGCAAGGCUGCUGCCCACCGGACAAGCAGCCGCAAGUGGGAGAAGAAGCAACGGAUAAACCUGUACUUCAGGUGGAGAGCGCCGAGACAAAAGAAGAAAAGACUGAAGAGGCGGAGGCGGCGCAGCAAGUUGAUAACAAAGAUGUGGCCAGCAGUUGCGUCGCAACCAUCGAGCCAGAUAAAGUCGCGAAAAAGGAGCCCAGUCGUUGCGAAGUGAUCGCGGAGCAAAAGAAAGAGGUAAACGACGCGGCGACAGAAAACAAAUCGUGCCCGCGGGACAUUAUAAUUGUCGCGGCAGUUGCGAAUAGCCCCAGCGAAGCAGCCGCCGGUGAAAUUAAACCUGCUCCAUCGAUAGAGGAAGAAAAAGAGCAGCGUGUGCCAGAGACGCCGCAAACAACAAGUGCGGACGCGAACGUGCCAAUUGAAAAAGUGCCCAUCGCAGCGGAGAACGCUAGUGUGCCUGAAAACGAGGCUCAUCACGCAGAAUUAAAUACUGUGAUCGAAAAAGCAGAAGUGCCGGGUGAUGUAGAAAAUUCAGUUCCAGUACCGGAGUUAGAAAAAGACAAAGUUGUGAAGGUAGAAGAAAUUCUAAUUUCGCCCAUAGAUCAUAAAACAUCAGAAAUAUUAGAAGUGCCUAGUUCUGUAGAAAAGACCAUUUUAGCCCCUGAUUGUGAAUUAGGAGAACAGGGUACGUUGAAACUAGAAACUCAAAAUUUGCCCACUCUUCAUAUCGCUUUAGUCCCUGAAAUUGUUAUUUCCAAAGUAGAUAAAACUAAUUUAUUGUCUGAAAAAGUAGAAGUGCCUAGUUUAGAAAAUGCAGUUCCAGCUCCCGAGUUAGAAAAAGAGAGUAAACCCGUUCAAGAAAACCAAAUUGAGAUAUCGUCAGAAAAACUCGCACCUUCUUUAGAAGCUCCGUCUACAGAAGUGACUUCAGCAGAAACGAGCAAUUAUAUUGAAAAUGUGCCUAAUCAUGUAGAAAAAACAGCUAUUGUGUUGGAGAGCAAUAAUCAAACCGCACAAGCGACCUCGAAUCUAGAAGAAAUUAUUCCGAUUCCUGUUUUGGAAUUUAAAUGUGAAACCGUAAAUGAAAUCGCGAUCGUCUUGGAAGAAAAAUCUGAUUUUGUGCCAAUUGAACAACCAAUCGGUGUGCCCACGCAAAAAUUAGAAUCGCUGCCAGAAGAGCACAAAUUGGCCGAGGAAAAACCCGCAGCCAUCGAAGCGGCGCAGGUACCACAGCAAGUUCAAUCAGAGACAACAGAGGUGACGUUGGCCGACGCGUCAGAUAUAAAUAAUGCGAAUGCCGUGCAACCUGCGCCCACCGAAGAAGUGAAGGCGGAACCGAGCUGCGCGCCGCCGGCGAUAAAAUUAGAAGAAAAAGCCGCGGAAGAAGAAGAAAACACUAUCUCGUUGUCCGCCGAAAGCAAAAGCGGUGCUGUAUCAGAUCGAGUCGAGCCCCCGAGAGCGGAAGAAGAGUCUCGAGAGGAGGUCAAGCAACUCGGAGAAGCCGAAAGCGGCCAGCCGGAAGAGACCAAAACUGGAGAACCGAAAAUUCCAAACGAAAAAGGGCAAAACCUUGCGAAUAUUCCCAAAACGGAGGAUGAAGCGGUGGACGAGGACCACUUGAUGAAGAAGAUCGAAAGUUUCCUCGUAACCGAGAGCAAAGACGACGAAGACGGGGAAAUAAUGAUGUCCGAGCCGGCGGUAAAAUUAGAAUCGCGUAACCGCGACAAUUGCACCAGAGUGAAAAGGGUGAGCAGUUUUAAAAAGCCGGGUGGCGAAAAAACAGCCAAAGCAAGCGGCGAAAAGGACAGAGUUGACGGCGGGGAGGGCGAGCGAAACGGCGAGGCGUGCGGAAUUCAAUCGGGUGGCAAAGUGAACAAUGCCGAUAAGAAAAUCAAAGCGGACGACGCGACGAAAUUAGCAGCGGGCAAACAGCCAACGCAGGCGGCGCCCAAGAUCGGCUUCGGCGUGCUAAGGCCGAGGCCAAAGAGCGGCGGGCCGUUCACCCCCGACCCGCAGCCGCGGCCAAAGUCGGACGAACUCAGCGAGGUCUUCAACAAAAUCGUGCUGAGGAAGGCCGAGGAAAAUAAAAGAAGAAGCAGCGUGGGAACCGUGAAAAGCCGCCCCGAGGCGAAAGCCGGCAGGAGAGGCUCAAUCAAAACGAAAGAGACGAACGGGACAAAAGAGAAAAGUCCCAAAUCAAGAGAAACGUCCCCUUUGAAAAACGGAGCCGAAGAAGUGAAAUUGAAGAAAAAUACUCCGCCGCAGUUGCAAGGAGACGUUGCGAAAGUCGAUGCUGCGGUCGCUGACGCUGUUAAACCUGAUUUAUGUGCCGCCAAGAAAGAAACAACCGGCCCUUCAAGCGAGCCGCAAAAAACUAAUUCAGGCCUAAUUAAUACUAAACCCGUCGGUGAAACAAAGCGAGACGACGCUGCGUCAGAAGCGCGAAAAGACGCUGCUUCGGGGGAUAAAGUUUCGGCAAAAGUUAAUGAAAACAAUGCGCGACCCGUCCGCCGAUCUUCUUCGAAAAGUCCAGCCAAGACUAUUACUUCGAAAGUUAAAGAGGAAGCGAAAACCACGAUCGAGACGAAGGAGGUCGUUCUGAGUGAAAAAGUCGGAGAUGCAACGGAAAGUACCGUUCGCGGGCAGCUGGUUCUGGGCCAAAAACUGGACAAAGAGGAGCAGAGCGCGGUGCCGCCGCGGCCGGAGUCGAUCGUCGACAGGGUGUCCAAGCGGCUGGAGCAGAUCAGGGCGGCCAAGGAGCAGACCCCAGAGACAGUAAAUACCGAACCAAAACCGGUGGUGGAAGACGCAACCCCUACUAAAGUCGAGCAGGUUGAAGACGCGACUAAAUUGGAACAGGUGGAAGCCGCUAAAAUGAAGGUUGAAGGGACUGACGGGGGCGGAAUAGGGUUGGUGGUGGCCAACACCGGGCGCAAAGUGGGUGACACGCGCUACCUCACUGAGAUGCAGGUGUUCUUCCGCUCCGGAGUGCUGGGGCAACUAGAGGCUCAGCGAGACGAAAAGUUGCAGGACCAUGUUACCAGACUCCAAGCGCGUUGUAAGGGUUAUUUGGCCAGAAGGCGUUUUGAGAAGAGAAAGGUGCAAGAAGUCGCCGUCAGGUGCGUGCAGAGGAACGUGCGUCGCUUCCUGAAAGUCCGAGAUUGGCCCUGGUGGCGUCUGCUGGUGCGAGUGGCGCCUCUGCUCAAUGUGCACCGAGCCGAGGAAGAGUUGCGGAAGCAAACUGAAGAACUCGAGGGGAUGCGAGUGCGUUUGGACAAAUCGGAAGCUGAGAAGCUCAGACUCAAGCAGCACAAUGAGAGAUUGGAAGCCAGGAUGAACGAGCUGACCGUGGCCCUGGCCGAAGAGCAGAGCGCCGCCCAUCUGGCCGCCGAGCGCCUCGAAGCCGAGUCGGCCGAGCGAUCGCGCCUCCAGCACGAGCUCCAAAAUGCACAGGAGAAACAGAGCUCGUUACGGGAGGCGAGCCAGCGGCUGGAGAUGGAAAUCCUGAUGUGCCGCGCCAGCGACGACGCCUCCCACACGUCUGGCGAGGACGAGGACGGCGGCUACGAACACCUCAAGCAGCGGCUCGACAGGGCCGUGAAGGAGGCGGCCGCACUGCGCCGGCAGCUGCAGCAGCAACAGGAGGCGCACGAGGACCAGCUGAUGGCCCUGCGAAAGGCGUCCGAGAAAAGAGUGGCAGACGCACUCGAGGAGGUCGAGGAGCAGCGUCAAGUCGUGGCGCAAAUGAAGCGAAAGGCCCAGCGGGUCACCGGCGAGCACAACGACACGAGGCUCAUGCUUGAGGAACAGAGCGCACGCAACACCAUCCUCGAGAAGAGACAGAAAAAGUUCGAUAGCGAAAUGCACCAACUACAGGAGGCCGUGCGACAAGAGAAGUCUAGCAAGGAAAAGGCGCUGCGGGAGCGGGACUUGAUGGCGGCCGAGAAAACAAGUGCCGAACAAAACCUGGCUGCGUGCCGGCUUGAGUUGGAGAUGCGCGACGAGAAGGUGGCCGCCCUCGGACGCGAACUCGAGGAACUGGCGUUCGGCGGUGCCGCCGAAGAGGAAGUCGCGGCCCUUCGCAAGUCCAAGCAUGCCCUCGAGCGACGCGUCAAGGAGCAGGAAGAGGAGCUGGACGAGUUGGCGGGCCAAGUCGGCCUCCUGGAGGCGGCCAAGGUGCGCCUCGAGAUGAGCCUCGAACAGCAGCGGAAGGAGGCCAAACGAGAGGCCAGCCAGAGAGACGACGAGAUGGAGGAAAUCCGCGGCAACGCGCAGAAGAAAGUUCGAGCCCUGGAGAGCCAGUUGGAAGCUGAGCACGAAGAACGCACUCGGCUGCUUCGAGAGAAGCACGACUUGGACAGACGAUUGGCCGAGGCCGCUGAGGUGGCCAGAGGUCGCGCCCCAGAGGACGAGCAGAUGAUCCAAAGGCUGCGCCGCGAGCUGAGACACGCCAAAGCCCUUCUCAGGGACGCUCACGGUCUCUUGGAGAGGCAACGGGACGAAACAGGCGGCCGCGGCCAACUGCGCGCCCUCAGACACCAACUGGAGGAUGCCGAGGCGGCCAGAGCUGUGGCCAUGAAGGCGCGACAGACGGCCGAGUCGGAGGCCAGGGAGCUGCAGGCAGCGUUGGAAGAGGAGAAACGAGGCAGGGCCCUUGCUGAGGACAAGGCGGCGGCCGCGGUCAGAUCGAAAACAGAGGUUGUGGGCCAGCUGGAGGAAAACGAGGAGGAACUGGCUGAGGUUUUGAAGAAGUACAGAGCCUCUGUUGCCCAGAUCAGUAUUGAACAGGCGGCUACUACUGAAUUAGCUGCAACAGCAGCAGCGUUAGAAGCUGAGCGAAACUCCCUUCGAGAGCAAGUGGCUGAAAUGUCAGCCCGUCUGGAGGCGGCCGAGGGUGAAACGACCAUUGGUCUUACGGCCAGGCGCUUGGAGACCAAAAUCAGAGAACUCGAGUCUCGUCUCGAGUUGGAGGCCACCACAAGGGCCAGGGCUGAAACGCAGUGUGGCCGCUUCCGGGAGCAGGCGGAAAAAGUGGCCGUUGAGGCAGAGGCGGCCAGAGCAAGGGAAACGGCCGCCAAUGACGCAGCGCGACGUGCGGCCCGCCAAUUGCGAGAGGCCAGGGAACGAGAGGCGAGUGUUGCGGCUAAGGAGGCUGAGGCAAUCAGAAAGAGGAAGGAGCUGGAAAUGCGAGUCGAGACGUGCGAGGCCGAGGCGGCCACGGCCAGAGCUGAUCUCCGACUGGCGCUGCAGCGAAUUGAAGACUUGCAGGCGGCCAUGGCUGGCGACUCGGAGGACCUGGGUUCGGAAUCAAGUGGGUCCAUUGAAUCGCUGCUUGACUCUGUCGGUGGAUCGCAAGAAUUCCUCGACUUUGCUUGCAGGUCUCCCGAGGGACAAAGUGACCCUGGAGAUGGCGUAGGACACUUGACUGACUCCAAAGACGAAUCUCAUGCCUAAGCUGUAGUUUUUCGAUGAGCACCUCACUUAAAAUGAAGAUGUAAAUGUACUUGUCUGGUCAUGGAUCGAGUGAAUGACAAAUCCCCGCGUAUUAUUUAUCAAAAUGCAAAACUAUUAUAUAUCAAAUGAACUGGAAUAAAUAUCAUGUAGAAUGAGUGCACAUGAAUAAACAAGAAGCAAUUUGUUGUUGCGAUUAUGUUAAAAAAGUUCUUGAA